CCAUCUUUUAAGCCUUUAAUUGGGAGGCAAUAGCAAAUGGCAAAGAUAUUUGGUAAAAAAGCUGGAACAGAAGAGUUGGAGACCUUCUAUCCUAUAAGACCAGAAUGUGUUGCUGAUAUGCCAAAGACCCGUUUUAAGCCCAGGGCAGGGAAAACUCUCAGUGGAAGAAGAUGGCAUGCUGCAUUCUCUGAAGAGGGUCGCCUGGAUAUGGCAAAAGUUCUUAGACGGAUACAAAGAGGGGGUAUUCACCCUUCAAUCAAAGGGUUAGUCUGGGAGUUCCUGCUAGGUUGCUAUGAUCCUAACAGUACCUUUGAGGAUCGCAAUGAGCUUCGACAGCAAAGGAGGGAGAGGUAUGCCAUGUGGAAAACUGAAUGCCAGAAUAUGGUAUCUGUCAUUGGUACCGGAGAUUUCAUUUCAACACCAAUUAUCACUGAUGAUGGCCAGCCAAUAGAAGCUGAAGGUUGCAACGUGAUAAGUUCUGUUUCAGACAAGAAAGUGGCUCAGUGGAUGCUUUCAUUGCAUCAAAUUGGCUUGGAUGUUGUUCGAACUGACCGAGCACUUGUCUUUUAUGAGGAAAAAGCUAAUCAGGCAAAACUUUGGGAUGUUCUUGCUAUAUACUCAUGGUUAGAUGAUGAUGUUGGUUAUGUUCAAGGAAUGAACGACAUAUGCUCUCCAAUGGUAAUCCUUCUUGAAAAUGAAGCAGACACGUUUUGGUGUUUUGAGCGUGCAAUGCGAAGACUGAGGGAAAAUUUUAGGUGUAGUUCAACUUCAAUAGGUGUGCAAUCACAGCUUGGUACACUUUCACAAGUAAUUAAAACUGUUGACCCUCAGCUUCAUAAACACCUUGAGGAGCUAGAUGGUGGGGAGUAUUUGUUUGCAUUCCGCAUGCUGAUGGUACUUUUCCGGAGAGAGUUCUCCUUCGUCGAUUCAUUGUAUCUUUGGGAGGUAAUGUGGGCAAUGGAGUACAACCCGAAUAUCUUCUGGUCGUAUGAGCAGACCGAUGGAGAUCAAGAUAACGACUCCGGACGAUUAAAUCAAAAGAUGCUAAAGCAGUGCGGGAAAUUCCAGAGGAAAAACAUGGAGAAGGGUCACGGGGAUCAAAACAACGCACUUGCUGUUUUCCUUGUUGCAGGUGUGCUUGAGACCAAGCAUAAGCAGAUUCUAAAAGAGGCUAAGGGUUUGGAUGACGUUGUCUCGAUAUUGGGUGAUGUUACUGGAAACUUGGAUGCCAAGAAAGCUUGUAAAGAGGCAUUAAAGUUACAAGAAAAGUACUUGAAAAAGGUAGGCUUUAUUUAUAUGUAUGAAGUAGUUAGCUAA